CGACUAACUCAGGCCAGGUUGUGGUUUCCACUGCGCAAUCCCAGGUCCAGACGCCUCGUAGGAUUGUCUUCUCCCAAGUUGCAGAGCCGGGAAUCAUCUGCCUUCUAUUCAUUGUUUGAACAAAGAAGAGUAAUAUGUUGGUGUUCUAAAAUUAGAAUUUGAAAUGCCAAGCGAGCACAACUUUGUGAAGCUGAGAAGUGAUUGCUCAAGGCCCCCCCUGCAAUGGUAUACCGGAGCCCAGAACAAGAUGAGAAGACCCAGCUUGUUGUUAAAGGAUAUCCUCAAGUGUACAUUGCUGGUGUUCGGAGUGUGGAUCCUUUACAUCCUCAAGUUAAACUACAGUUCUGAAGAAUGCGACAUGAAAAAAGCGCAUUAUGUGGAUCCUGAGCGCAUAAAGAGGGCUCAGAAAUACGCUCAGCAAGUCUUGCAGGAAGAAUGUCGGCCCAAGUUUGCGAAGACGGCAAUGGCACUGUUAUUUGAGCACAGGUAUGACGUGGACUUGGUGCCUUUCAUGAAGAAAGUUUCCAAAGUGAGUGAAAGCCAGGACACGUAUGACCCUCCUUUCGGAUUCCGGAAGUUCUCCAGCCAAGUCCAAGAGCUCCUGGAUGUAUUGCCUGAGCACGACUUCCCUGAUCACUUGCAAGCCAAGCCCUGUAGGCGGUGCGUGGUUAUUGGAAGUGGUGGAAUACUGCACGGACUAGAACUGGGCCACACCCUGAACCAGUUUGAUGUUGUGAUAAGGUUAAACAGCGCACCAGUUGAAGGGUAUUCUGAGCAUGUUGGAAACAAAACUACUAUAAGGAUGACUUACCCAGAAGGUGCACCCUUAUCUGAGGGUGAAUAUUAUGCCAAUGAUUUGUUCGUUGCUGUUUUAUUUAAAAGUGUUGACCUCAACUGGCUUCAAGCAAUGAUAAAAAAUGAGAGCCUGCCAUUCUGGGUGCGACUCUUCUUUUGGAAGCAGGUGGCCGAGAAAAUACCAUUACAGCCAAAACAUUUCAGGAUUUUGAAUCCGGUUAUUAUCAGAGAGACUGCCUUUGACAUCCUUCAAUACUCUGAGCCUCAGUCGAGAUUCUGGGGCCGAGAUAAGAAUGUCCCCACUAUGGGCAUUAUUGCCGUGGUGUUAGCCACACAUCUGUGCGAUGAAGUCAGCUUAGUGGGUUUUGGGUACGAUCUCACUCAGCCCAGAACACCCUUGCACUACUUUGGCAAUCAGUGCAUGGCGGCUAUGGACUGGCAGACCAUGCAUAACGUCACCACGGAGACCAAGUUCCUCCUGAAGCUCAUCAAAGAGGGCGUCGUGAAGGACCUCAGCGGGGGCAUCCAUUGUGAAUUCUGAGCCCAGCAAACCUCACUUGGAACUGCAACUGGGACUCUGAAGGCCCACGAGCCCUCUCGAUGUCUUUCAUCCUGCACAUAUUUUGUAAUGCAGCUGGUGUUUUUAACUUUUAAUUUAAAAACAACAAAAACAAGCUGGCACCUUGGCUCCCACCUGUAAUCCUAGCCAUUCAGGAGGCUGAGAUCUGAGAAUCGAGGUUCAAAGUCAGCCCA